AUGGCUAUAGCACGCGAUGUCGAUGAGGAGACACCUCUUCUUCAUCCAAAACUGGACGAUGAGGGACCAGGCUUUGACAUUUUGGCCCCAGUCCAGUCCAUCGUCAGCGUAGAAGGAAUCGAGCCCACCGUUCCGGCCAUUAUACCUGAAAACGACCACGGCAACGAAGAUGGCACAUCCAGCCACAGGACAGACGCGCAUCCUCACUUCAUCAGCGUUUCCGCAACGGAGUUCUGGGCCGUGUUUUCUGGCAUCAUGUUCUCGUGGCUCCUGGCCAACUUCGACUCAACUUUGAUGGCCUCCAUCCAUCCCGCCAUCACUUCGCAUUUUCACGCUGCCAAUUCUGCAUCAUGGCUUUCCACCGUCUUCUUGCUAACUUCUACUGCAUUUCAGCCGGUGUUCGGCCGCAUCUCAGACGUCUUUGGUAGGCGGCCGGUUUACAUGUUCGCUGUCAUCACUUUCCUGCUCACUACGGCGUGGUGUGCUACUGCUGAGAGCAUUGGCAGCUUCAUAGCCGCCCGAGCCGCCUGUGGUCUAGGGGCUGGAGGUGUGAUUUCAGUUGGGAUGAUCAUCAGCUCUGAUCUUGUCCGUAUAGAGUACAGGGGGAUGUAUCAGUCAUAUCUAAAUAUAUGUAAUGGCAUCGGCUCGUCACUGGGAGUGGCUUGCGGUGGCUACAUAGCGGACACGCUCGGAUGGAGGGCUGCAUUUGGCAUACAACUGCCAUUCAUCUUCGUUUACGCUAUAAUAUCAUACUUCACCAUCCCCUCUCCCUUGGGUCCAGAGCUAGCUCGGAAUGAAGGCUGGACGCUAUCACAGGCAAUCAAAACCCUCGACAUCAAAGGCUCGUGUCUGCUCGUGUCCGGAGUCUCAGCUCUGUUGCUGACGCUGAACCUCGGAGGAAACAUUCUACCAUGGUCUCAUCCGGUCGUCAUCUCGUCUCUUGUAGCAUUCCUCAUCUGCGUGAUCCCCUUCCUAGUGAUCGAGGCAAGUACCCAGCGACCUGUCAUGCCGCUGAAGCUCCUAUCCACAUUUCCUCAGGCAAACCUGAUAUUCUCAAACUUUUUCGGAACAAUGAUCAUCAAUACCAUCCUGUUCAACGUGCCCUUGUUCUUCCAGGCGGUGAAGAUGGAGUCUCUAACCAGCUCUGGGCUCAGGAUUCUUGCGUCUUCUCUGGCCAUCAUGGUGGCCAGCGGCUCCACCGGGUUCUUCAUUACCUGGAGCAGAAAACUAAAGCCCACGCUUCUGUUAGGAUUUAGCUGCUUUAUCAUUGGAUGUGUGGCUACUAGCUGCCUGACUAGAAAUACUCCGGGUUGGGUGGCCAUGCUUGCUCUGAUCCCUUCCAGCCUGGGCCAGGGAUUUGCAUUCCCAACGACACUAAUAUCAACGCUUUCUGUCAGCCCCCAGGCUGAACAAGCCGUGACCACCACUACUCUUGGUCUGUUCCGCAGCCUGGGGUCGGUCUUUGGCGUUGCGGUCAGUAGCUGGACGCUGCAAAACUCUCUUCUGUUCUUUCUCAAGCAAAUGGUUACUGGCGACGAUAGACAAGCCAUCAUCACACGGGUUCGCGAGUCUAUUACAGAAAUACACCGAUUGGACCCAAUCCAUCAAAGUCAAGUCAUACAAGCAUACGAACAAGGUCUCCGUCUAACAUUCAUCGUCGGCAUCAUAUGGUCCUGGGUUGCCUUGUUCCUCGUCCUGCCCGUUAAGCUGGCGCGUUUAGGCCAGAAGUCAUGA